AUGUCUGUCGAAACAAUCACUACCAUUUCUCCCAUCACCAACAAGCCUGUCUUGACCAGAACUGGAAUCUCUGCAGAAGAUUUACAGCAAUUGCCCGUCACUGCCACUGAAGCAUUCUUGAAGUAUCGUAAGACUUCAUUGAAAGAACGUCAAGAUAUCGUCAAGAAAGCUCUUAAGCUCUUGAACGAUAAGCAAGAUGAAUUGGCAAAGGAAUUAACAGAACAGAUGGGUCGGCCCAUUGCGUAUACUGCGAAAGAAGUUACCACAGCUGUGAAGAGAGGCGAAUACCUUUUGAAGAUUAGUGAGGAUGCAUUGAAAGACACAGAUGGAGAGGCAGAGAAAGGUUUCAAGAGAUUCAUCAGAAAGGUGCCAGUCGGACCAUGUCUCAUCCUCUUUGCAUGGAACUACCCCUAUCUUAUUCUCGUCAACUCUCUGAUACCUGCCCUUCUCGCCGGUAACUCGGUUAUUCUCAAGCCAUCUCCGCAGACGCCUACAAUUGUUGAACACAUGGCAUCCAUCUUUUCUGAAGCUGGCCUUCCAGAUAAUGUCAUCCAAUACUUCCAUUGCGGCUCCCCCCUCAUUAUCGAAUCUAUUGUUAGAGAUCCAAAGGUAGCUCUCGUGUGCUUCACUGGAUCUGUAGCUGGUGGUUUAGCUACAGCUAAGGCAGCAGCAGAUAGAAUCGUGAAUGUUGGACUGGAACUUGGUGGCAAAGAUCCCGCAUACGUAAGAGGUGAUGUUGAUGUAGCAUGGGCAGCUGAGGAGAUCGUCGAUGGAGCUGUUUUCAACUCGGGUCAAAGUUGUUGCAGCUUGGAAAGAAUCUAUGUUGAUGAGAAGAUCCAUGAUGAAUUUAUUGAGGCGUUGCAGAAUGUCUUGAAGAACUACAAAUUAGGUGAUCCUUUCAAUAAGGAAACGCAUGUCGGCCCUGUCGUCUCAAAGAGGUCAAAGGAAACGAUCGAGGCACAUAUCAAGGAUGCAUUAGAUAAGGGUGCCAAGGAUCUCACGCCCGAGAAUGAAACCUUCAAGUCUCCUCCUUCAGAAGGCAACUACGUUAAGCCUACGUUGCUUGGUAAUGUCGAUCAUAGUAUGACUGUGAUGACUGAGGAGACAUUCGGUCCAGUCAUACCCGUGAUGAAGGUAAAGAAUGAUGAGGAAGCUAUCAAACUCAUGAAUGACAGUGAGUUUGGCUUGACCGCCUCAAUUUGGACAAAAGACACGGCAAAAGCAGCCGAAUUAGCUGAAGACGUAGAGGCUGGAACUGUCUUUGUGAACAGAUGUGAUUAUCCCAGCCCUGACCUUGCAUGGACUGGAUGGAAAAAUUCCGGAAGGGGUGUCACUCUAAGUAAAUUUGGCUUUGAACAAUUCGUCAAGCUGAAGAGUUACCACUUGAAGGAUUACCCUAAAUAAGGGCUUUUAAGUAUUACUUCUACACAUGUGUGCUUGUAGUACAGAACUCUCGAACGACUUUUGAGUUUUUUAACACCAGAAAUCAGAGCCACAAAUCGAUAAGUUCUAGUCAAAAAGGAGCAUUCGAGUAGAAAUAAGCGAUUGAAGGAUUCAUAUAGACGAAUGACGAAUAUACCUUAUCUCUUUCCACGGCGCUGAAAUUAUUUUUUGAUGAUCAGGUUCUACACAUGUCGAAUGUCGUUCUGGCAUUGAUGGGCCAUGGCGCUUCUACGCCAUUGGUACACAGAUAUCAAUUUUUAGCCAAGCAAUAUGCACAUUUUAUUAGUGAUACAAUCUCGAAGAAUUCUUGUGUCAAGUCAAAAGAUUUGGAUUGAUGUUGAUCCAUUUUCUAAGGUAACGCAAGGGAGCCAUUUAAUUGGACAAGACAAUUGAAAAAUGGGUGAAGAUUACCUAGUAUUAAGCCUUACUGCAAAAUAAUUGGAAGGGGAAAUUCUUCUGAAGAGUUAAUCACAUGAUCAACCCUUUCUAUUUCCUAUCUUCCUGUUGUGCUCCCUCGCUCCCUCACAUUUCCACGCUUUUCCCUUAUCCCGGGUAUGUUCUUGGGCGACAUUCCGUGCUUCCUUGAUUUGAAUCUGUACAUCAUAACUAUUGAAGGGGAAUUUAUGCAAUUCAUCAAUUUCCUUCAAGUCAAUAUAGUCAUGUUGAUAAAUGGAGGACAAUUUCAUUCUCUUGUUGAUUUAUUGCUACUUUGAAUAUUGUAUGGUUCCACUGAG